CGUUACGCAUCAACCCGGAAAACGGCACAGCCAACAGCUGGACCUUUGGCUUUUCUUGGCACCACGCUACAGAUUUAUCGACAAGGAUCGCAGUGAACAGAAUGGCCACAGACUGGGUGGGUAGUGUUGUGUCUAUAAACUGUGGGGUGACAUUAGGAGUUUAUCAGGGAGAGGUGUCAUCUGUUGAUCACGCCAGCCAGACCAUCUCGCUGAGACAGCCCUAUCACAAUGGGAUCAGAUGUCCUCUUCCUGAGGUCACUUUCAGUGCCAUGGAUAUCAAGACGCUAAAGUUCCUAGAUAUCCAGAACACAGUCAACAAGCCAAGCUCUGGUAGGGGAGCUGCAACAGAACCCAGCAUCAUACCUUCAGGAUCUCAUGGUCAGAGUAACACAGUCACUCACCCUCAUGUUACAAGCAGUAGCUCCCAUCUCAACAUUGCUCCAAUCACCAUCCUACGCAGAUUCUCUACAGGUUCAUCUAACAGCAGAAGGGUGACACAGGCCACACCAAGGAAAACCAAUGUGAGGAAUGGAGGUGCUAAAGAGCUGAUGAGGCCAAAGGAUGAUGAGUGCUUCAGAGGUGGGACGGAUGAGCUCAUGGACACAGACUUUGAUUUUGAGGGAAACCUGGCUCUGUUCGACAAAGCCGCCGUCUUCUCCCAGAUUGAUGGGACCACCUGCAACAGAGCGCAGCCUCACAGCAAUCAGGGCGAACAUAAGCCCCUGUCCUAUCGGCAUGAUGAGAAUAUUCUGGAGGUGAAGCCCGUCAUAUACCGACAGAUAACAGUGCCUCAGCAUGGUGGCAAAGAGUACUGUACCGAUUCAGGCUUGGUGGUUCCCAGUGUGCCCUAUGAGCUUCAUAAGCGUCUACUAGAAGCCGCGGAACGCUGGGGCCUGUCUCUUGAGCGCAGGUUGGAGACGAUUGGUGUUUGUUCUAGUCAGAUGGCCCUCACUCUGCUGGGCGGACCAAACAGACUCACACCAAAGAAUGUCCACCAGAGGCCCACUGUGGUCCUCCUGUGUGGGCCACACAUCCAGGGUGCCCAGGGUAUCAGCUGUGGUAGACAUCUGGCCAACCACGAAGUGGAGGUCAUCCUCUUCCUGCCCAAUUUUGUCAAGAUGCAGGAGUCGGUCACCAAUGAGGUCCACCUCUACAGCAGAACCAACAGCAAGCAAGUGGUCGCUGUCAAAGACCUGCCAACAAGCCCUGUUGAUCUGGUUAUCAACUGCAUGGGUUGCCACGAGAACCCAAUGCUGAGGGAGCAGACCUGGUACCAAUCAGCUGCCAACUGGGCCAACCAGAACCGGGCUCCAGUCCUAAGUAUCGAUCCUGCAGUCAGCGGUGAGCAUCAGACCGUCGAGGCGAAGUGGACCCUGUUUUUGGGUCUUCCACUACCUUUAUCUGAAACGGAGAGCAGGGUCUACCUCUGUGACAUUGGCAUCCCCAAACUGGUUUUCCAGGAAGUUGGAAUCAGCUACCACUCACCCUUCGGAUGUAAAUUUGUCAUUCCUCUGCACACGACAUAACAGAGUACCCGCUGACAAUGCUUCGUUACAAAUGGACAAUAGGAGGGAACGGUCUGCUUUUCAACAGUGGGUAAAGGUACCAUUAUGUAUGCAGCAAUAGCUGGAGAGCAAACUAUAUGACUUAAACAAUAUUUUGUUACAAAGUGUAUAUAGAACUUUAUCAGACGUCUGGAAUCAUAUGGCCUUGGUCUUUCCUCCCUACCCGCUGGAAACCACCGGGUUUGCCACGCGUUGCGUGCGACACCUCUUGUUUUUGAGAGGGAAAGGUUUCCUGUUCUUUGGUGUGUUUUGAUAAGGGCUCCGUGACGAUGUGAAUAUGUUUACAAAAUGCUGACCACUGUGAGUCUAUCUCUGACCUCUGAUCCUGUGUCCAGUCAGACCAGCAGAGACACAGUUCCUGUUUCCUCCUUUAGAUUGCAUGUGGAGUCUGGUCCUGACCCUGUGACCCUGUGCACAGGUCAGCCUAAAGCCAUAUGCCAACCCAAACCUGCCAGUCAUCUGGACCACAGUUGAUUUUCAUGUCCAUUGUCUUUCAACUUAAUGACAUUUUUUACUUACUUAAAUGGGUAUGUUUUGUUGAGUAAUGGUUGUAACAUGUUUCACUGAAAAGGGAAUAUUACACAGAAUGUUAUUUAUUUUGGGAAUACAUCUCAGGAACAAAUGAAUGAGCAAAGGAAAAAAAACUUUACAUUUAUGUUAAAUCCGAUAACACUUAAAUCCAAUAGUUGAAUGAAUGAAUGAAUGAAUGAAUGAAACGUGGUAGCAGGCAACACUGAGGAUGGAUUUCUUGCAGAUUAGACACGAUUUUGAAGCACACCAAGGACCAAAAACAUCUUGGACCAAAUUAAUCUCUAGAGAUUAUAGCUAGUAAAGUGUGGUGUAACCUAAUUAUUACUUUUCAUUUUCCACUUCAAAUUCAGCCACCUUUAUUGAAAUAACCACUUCCUCUCCUUUGGUCAGCAUAGUGAUCUCCUGUUAUUACCUCAGAUCAGAAAAUGUCAAUUUUAUAAGUAAAGGGAAAAAAAGCCUUAUUUUUAGACUGGCAGCUAAACAAAACACAGCAUUUAAAGUUAAAACUUGGGAAGCAAAUAAUUGUAGUCAUAAAUUAUAAAUGACUUCUUCUACACUUUGGAUCUAAUGAAUCGUUUAAUGCAAGGUCAGCAGUCUCUGAACUGAAUGUGUGAUAGAUUUUGUUUAAAGUAGUAGCCCUGGCUGUUCUGACCAAAAUAGUAAAACAAGAAUCAAAGAAUGUGUGGUGAACAAGUUAUUUAAUUAAUGGCACAUAAGAAAACUAAACUUUUUUUUUUCUAUCGUGAGCGAUUUCCCAAAACCUGAAACUGCUAUGAUUCAGGUGUUCAAAGUUUAGAUGGGGGGGGUUCAAUACAAAAUAAGUUUUAAGUGCUGAUUGGUUUGUAUGUCACAUUUUUUUAGGACUGUAGUAAACUUUGGAAAAUCUUUUAGGUUUGGACUUAUUUGUUGCCACCAUGCUUGGUUAUUUCUGACAAAGCCGCUGAGAUGAGGACAAAGUAAGCUAAAGAAACAUCUUGAAACAUGUGAAACCAAACGACGACUAUGUUUGGGUAUACAUGUGUACAAGCAGCAGGCAAACCAUUUGAAGCAGCAAAUAUCUCAUUGAUAAACAUCCAGCUAGGAUCUUCUGACAAGAUGCAAAAGUUAGGAUGAGGGUGAGUACUACCACUUAUAUGCAAAU